GAUUCUGGAUUAGUCCCUUGCCUUGUGUUUGUGCUCUCUGCGGUAUGACUCGAUUUGCUAUGACAUUAGUCACGCGGUUAAGCCAUGAUGUGGAUUUUGAGGAAACUGUUGCAGUAUAGUGAAUGAUAAGAAGUGUCUCCACACAGUUUAUAAAAUAGUAGCUGUGGCCUGGCUGUGCAUUGUUGAACAAACGAAUCAGUGAAACGUGAUGUUCAUCGCCAAGGGCACGAGAAUGGACCGCUAACGAUGCUAGGGCUACAAUGGGCAGCGUCACUCUGCGCUACUUCUGCUAUGGCUGCCUCUUCACGUCCGUGACUUGGUCCGUUCUGCUCUUCCUUUACUUCAAUCUCAGUGAAGAGAGCCGCUCUUUCUACAGGAAUGUGCCCAUCAAGGGGCUUCAGUCUCAGGGUUUCCAACAUCGCUUCCAGCCCCGCUUCACCCGUGGCCCAGGGCCGCAGUACCGAGACGGCGGACAAAAUCGCAAAGGACAAAAACCCGACCUUUCCCCAGAGAUGGGUAUGAUUUUUAAUGAGCAUGAUCAGGAGGUGCGAGAUAUGGGCUAUCACAAACAUGCCUUUAAUGUGCUCAUCAGCAACCGCCUGGGUUACCACAGGGACCUUCCCGACACCAGGAACGAAAAGUGCAAAGAGAGGACAUAUCCUUUGGCCCUCCCCACAGCCAGCGUAGUCAUCUGCUUCUUCAACGAGGCGUUCUCCGCUCUCCUGAGAACUGUUCACAGCGUUUUAGAUCGCACACCUGCUUACCUCCUCCACGAGAUCAUAUUGGUCGACGACAACAGUGACCUGACUGACUUGAAGGAGGACCUGGACACAUACUUGCAGAACAACCUCCGGGGAAAGGUUAAGCUAGUCCGCAACGAGAAGAGAGAGGGCCUUAUCAGAGGAAGAAUGAUAGGAGCCUCUCAUGCUACAGGUGAGGUACUCGUGUUCCUGGACAGUCACUGUGAAGUAAAUGAGGAGUGGCUUCAGCCUUUGCUGACGCCCAUUAAAAAGAACAGACGCACAGUGGUUUGUCCGGUCAUCGACAUCAUCAGCGCAGACACUCUGGUGUACAGUCCCUCUCCCAUUGUCCGCGGGGGCUUCAACUGGGGCCUGCACUUCAAAUGGGAUCCUGUGCCCAUGUCAGAGCUGAACAGCCCAGACGGCGCCGUGGCUCCCAUAAGGUCUCCUACCAUGGCCGGAGGCUUGUUUGCUAUGGACAGAAGCUACUUUAACGAGCUGGGGCAGUAUGACAGUGGCAUGGACAUCUGGGGCGGAGAGAACUUGGAAAUCUCAUUCAGGAUUUGGAUGUGUGGAGGCCAGCUGUUGAUCAUUCCCUGCUCACGGGUGGGACAUAUUUUCCGAAAAAGACGACCCUAUGGUUCACCAGGAGGCCAGGACACAAUGGCCCAUAAUUCCCUGCGACUGGCCCAUGUCUGGAUGGAUGACUAUAAGGAGCAGUACUUUGCCCUGCGUCCUGAGCUGAGGAAUCGGGAGUUUGGGGACAUCGGCGAGCGCGUGGCCCUGCGCCAGCGUCUGCAGUGUCGUUCCUUUAAGUGGUACCUGGACAACAUCUACCCCGAGAUGCAAGUGUCCUCUCCCAACAACAAACCUCAACAACCUGUGUUUGUCAACAAAGGACUGAGGAGGCCCAGAGUACUGCAGCGAGGCAGGCUGCGUAACCUGCUGGCUGACAAGUGUCUGGUGGCGCAGGGGCGUCCCAGCCAGAAGGGCGGUGCUGUGGUCGUGAGAGACUGUGAUUCCCGGGAUCCCGAACAGGAGUGGACCUACGAUGAGGAACAUGAGCUCAUCCUGGCAGGCCUGCUGUGUUUGGACAUGUCCGAGAUCCGCUCGUCAGACCCGCCCCGUCUCAUGAAGUGCCACGGCUCAGGGGGUUCGCAGCAGUGGACUCUUGGGAAAAGCAACCGUCUGUACCAAGUGUCUGUGGGUCAGUGCUUAGCUGUGGUAGACCCAUUCAGCCACAAGGGAUAUGUUGCCAUGGCAAUAUGCGACGGCUCCCCAUCCCAACAGUGGCAGUUGGAGGGAUGAUGUGACUUGGCGCAGAGGCAGGGGUUUAAACAGACACUCUCCCCUUCAGGUUGGGUAGGGGACUACAUGCUGCAGUGCCAGCCAAUAGGCAACUCAACUGAGUAAGGACACUGGACCAACACACACACACACACACACUGAUCCUAGGAUCUUCAGCAGGAAAAGACAUUAUUGUGCUUUUUUUUUUUCCCCUCAGUUCAACUGCUUUGAGAAGAGGACAAGCAUUUCAGCCAAAAGCUGUUCUGUUACUCCUGACAUGACAUUUUUAUGGUCACAUAAGUUUUCCUUAAAACACAUUCAUUUUUAGAAAAUAUUUUUAAAUUGUGUAAUGCAAGUAUUGUUAAUUUAUAAUCAUUUUAAUUUUGCUCAUUUGAAUUUUAAACAAUUUGCACAGCAAUCUUGCUAAGAUCGUUCUGAGGAACUCUUUUCUAAAUGUAAAAAACUGAGAUGCGUUUACUGAAGUAUGUACUGCCAGUAUUAGAUGAUCAGUUUUAGAUCGUAAAUGUACAAUUUGGUAUCUGCUACAAUACUGAUCUGUGAUAUUUCUUUUCAACCAUGCUUGUAUUUACCACGUGAGGAGAUUUUGGAGUGAAAAUCAUGUCUUCGAUUAAUAGCAAACCAGAAGAUUUAGAACCAUACAUUGUGAAUUACCUAUAAACCUUUAUCGUAAUCAACACCACACCGUUCUGUAGUAGGUCAUGCAACCUCUGAUCUGUACUGAUGUGACAAAGUAAAAGAAUUUGUAUUGUUUAAUCAGUUUAAAGAAAAUCUGGGGCUAAUGGCAACUCUAAAUUACAGCAAUGUCUGAGUCCAAGCUCAAUGCUGAAGAUCCACCUGCCAAGUCUUACACUAAUGUGCAUUUAUAGAACAUAAGGAUUGAAGGAGAAAGCUAAAGCUUUAUAAAAAAAAAAUGUACUCAAAGUUAAAGAAAAUGAAUCUAUGUUCAGUAUGAAUGUAACCGGUUUUAUGCAGUUUCCUGUUCUGAUGUAUUUUUUUUUUUCCCUUGUAAAUGAUG